AUGAUCGGGCCAGCACCAACUACUACUGCUGAAACGAAGGCUGCUGGGGCGGCGCCAGUAGUAGACCCUUCCGACAAGUCGUCGCCCCAACUUCCUCUCAACAUCUGCCCCGACCAGACCUGCCCUUCUCCCCCCUUCGCUGACUGGGCGCUGCGCGCCGCAGAGGGUUUGUACGGGUACCUCAGAUACGUUGAGACGACGCACGAGUACGAGGAAAUGAAGAGGGAAAGGGGAUCUCACGGUAUGGAGUACCUCUGGGAGGAUGAACUUCAUCUGAUGGAUGAUGGGUUCUUUAUGGAUACUCGGUGGUAGGGUGGGGUAAGUAUUUGUCCUUUCCCUUUCAUUCCUUUUCAAUGCUUUGGAUCGAGUUUUGCUUUUGCCCCUUAUUAAGCGAGAUCUUUUCUUGGUCUUGGCACGCCGCUUGGGUCCUCCGCUCUGGUGGCCCGUGCUGAAGUAUGCUGACUGAAUUCACUUGCAGGGUCAAACCCCACUUUACCACGCGGUGA